UUGAAUUUUCUUUGUUUACUACCAAAUGGGACGAGAAAAUAGAAUGAAAAGUGUUCCAUCUCCCCCCCCCACAAUGAAUGUGGUUUGUUCUGUCUUGCCGUAUAAACAGCAGACAUGACAGUCAACGGUAAUUACGUAUAAAAAAAACAAAUAAUUUUAUCUAACUUAUAUGUAAAAAUGAUAGCUUGUAAUUGGUUCUAGCACAGUUGCGUAUGCUAACAACGCGGUAUAGGUCUACACAUUUCCUGCCGAAUUCAGUGUAAAUUAUUCAACUUUUUGACGUCGUUUGCGACAAUCGUCAACAACCCAAUGUACUAUUUUUAAUAGGUUACAGCACAUAAAAUACGCAUAUUUUAAUUUGAGUUUUAGUUACAGGGUGUUGGUCAUUAAUAUACAUAACAGUUUAAACCAUGACGAAUCGUUGCCAGACUCUUCUAUUUCUUUCAAUACUUUGCGCCGAAGUGUUUUCAGAAUCGAAGGAGAUUUCAGAAUGGAGUUUUACUGCGUGUUCUAAAUCGCCAACCCAACAAUCUACCAUGAAUUUUACAACCAAAUUGCCCUCCUUGUGGUAUGGAUAUGAUGUAGCAGUCAGAGUUAUACCAAGUGACCCCACUGUAGAUCACGAGUUUAAUGCGACAGUGACCGAAAUCAAAAUCCAGAAUAACGUUGCGAUUGUUGAACUCAAUAGAACAGAUCAAAACAUGGGUUGGGAUCAAAUGCCAAUUACUGUGAUCGUCACUGAAACAGGGUACGACAUUACUGACUACAUUCGUCGAACUGCGUCAGUGCAUUACAGCUUAGAUGAAGGGAAUUACGUCACAAAUAGUAGCUCGAAUCUUGUUUCUGGAUUGAUCGAUAAAGGCUUGUCAAAGUUACCAGCAUUGCAAAGCAACCCUGAUCGGCAACCCACAUUGUCGAGCGAUGACCAUAACGGAAGAAAAUACUUGAUUUUUAAUGGAAUUGAUCAAGUGCUGGUUACUAGGUUGAAUAUAGACACAGUUAAUGUGUUGUCAGUUUCUAUCGUUUACCGAAUCGAUGGUUACGAGAACUCUACUUAUCAUCUUAUAAACGGCCUGUUCGGGAACGAUAAUCAUGGUUGGAAGAAAUUUGUUUCUUUCACAAUAAAUGGCGAAUUGAAUAUAUCCGGAACAACCUCCACAUAUUCCACAAUAAAUGCUCGCAAGGAAAAUGUAAACGCUGCUGCAAUCAAUGUGUGGAAUGUUCUUACAGUUCAAUGGGACGUGGAUGGUGGAAUGGAUGCAAGUAGUGUUUGGUGCAACGGACAACUACUUACACGUUUUCAAGCAAGAGAAGUUUCAGGCGCGCCCACCUUUGCUAUCGGUGACAUAAAAACAUCACCAAUAGGCAUACCAUUCAAGGGGGCGAUUGGUGAAUUUUUGAUGUACCGAGGGCAAGUUUUUUCUGAUGAAAUGAUAACUUAUCACCACCAAUAUUUCAUCAAUCGAUGGACUGUUUCAACUAAUUUCAACUAA